CUGCAUAAUACUGACAUGAUCACAUCGCUGACACUGACUUUGCCUAAUAAUGUCCUAAACAGGUUUCCGUACAAUCUGCCCACUUUAGACAUAAACAAAGCGACCCAUUGGGCAUUUGACAGUCUGAGCCUGGUGUCGCUCCUGAUUGGUGGAAGCAACCUGAAUGCUGCAAUUGGCUAUUGUGUUUUCUUUUAUGCCAAUGAUAGCCAAGCAGUUCACACAUGCGCCUGGAUUACUAGUCAGUCUCAGGGCAGCUGCCGGGAAGUGGUUGCCGUGGUAAUCAUCAUGGGGGGCAGUGAGAGCACCGGGAGAAAGGUGUCCUUCGGGAUGGACGAGGAGGAAAGGGUGCGGGUGCUGCGAGGAGUCAGGCUCUCUGAUGAAGUUGUUACUCGGAUGAAAGACCAAAGUACAUGGGCAGCCUCAGGGGCAGCUUCAGGUUCUGCAACCGUCCCUUCUAAAGUUGGGUCUUCAGCAAGCCAUCCAGCUGCUGCAUCUAAAGAUGGUGCUCACAAGCCAACAGCGGCAGGUGUAGGGCACCAGUAUGCAGAGGAGGAUUUGUACAGAAGAUAUGAGAGGGAACAGACAUUAAUCCAGGAAGAGCUAGCUCGUCUUGCAAAGAGAGAGAAGGAUGCAGCCCACCAGAGACUGAGCACCUCCAUUUUGCGGGAGAAGAAAAUGGCCGAUCAGGAGCGCAGAAAGGCUGAACACUUGCCUGCGGAUUUGGAUGAAUGGGCCAAGGAUCUUGAGCAGAAAGAAGCAGAGCUGCAAAGCUUAAACACUUUCUACAGGGAGCAGCUGUCCAGCAUUGAGAAGAAGAACUUGGAGAUUUACAGACUGACGGAAGAGCAGUUCCACACGGCGGCCACAAAUGCAGAGUUGCGUGUAAAGCAGAGAAGCUACGACCCAGUAUGUAUGGACCUGCAAUCUAAUAUCCUGAAAUGUUACGCUGAAAAUAAACAGGAGAGGCUGAACUGCAGCGAUCUGGCCAAGGAGUAUCAGAAGUGUGUGAGCGCGGCACAAAAGAACCUGCUAUUUAAUCACGGAUAAUUCCCUGGGAAAAGACAGAGAGAGGAGAGGAGGACUGACCAUAUCACCACUUUUACUUGCUAUAAAACUCAGCAUUGCGGCAAAGCAAUACCUUAUAAAUGCCAUUAACUCAAUUGUAUGCCUGACUAUGUAAAAAAUGGGGAAGUUCACCUUAGAUUAGACAUUAGUAUUCCAAGGCAAGCUUGCAGAGGUGAGUUUGGAUUGAGGUACCCAAUUCUAUUUGGGGUGAUGAACUGAAUUUAUUACUUUAUUCAUGAAUUCAAAAUUGCAGGUGAUAGACCACAGCAACCAAAAUAAUACCCGGAGUUUAUUUCUAACAAUGAUUUUUGAUCUGGGUACUAUACUUUAUGAAUAGGUUGGAAUCUUUCUUAUAUUGAGCAUUCUUUCCUUGCUUGUAUAGAAUGGAAUGUGCAUAACCUAAACAUUCCCUAAAAUAUAGCAAUAUCAUAAAUAUAUGUCUUGGGUAGAUACCCAGCAUAUAAGUGGGCAUUUUGGCCACUCCUCCAGUCUAAUAAGACCACACCUAUCUGCUCUAUCUCUGCCCCUUUUCUGGAAGGCCACGCCUCUUAUUGCCAACUGAGACUGGGACUGUUCAACUUAAAUGCUACUGCUGGGCUCCAUGCUUUGCACUCAUUGUACUUUUAUUUAAAGGAAACAAUAGAAAGUAAAUGGGGUGUAUUUACUGUCACUUUUUUUAUGCCGGGUCUCACCUAUGUUAACAAGGUAAUUGAAGUACUGAAAUAUUUCAGUUGAUGUUAUAUCAGUAUUGGCUUUAGACCUCCUCAUAAAUCUGCCCCUGAAGACUUGGUUACUAUGGGAAAUGGGUGUCAGUAGCCACCAGGGGUCUGCUAAGAAAUUGUGUAACAAAUAAAAAUGUUGCUUGGUUGUCCUUGGA